GAUUGAUAAUUAUGUGAAAUCUGAGAUUUCGGAAGCAUGUAUCUUUGACUCUCUGACAUAAUCUGGCGAAAUGAAUACUUGAAAUUGACAUCAAAUUCCUGGAAAACAAGUUUUAUAUCAUGUCUGGAACCCCGGAAGCAUUACUUCCGCCCUAUUCGGCGCACAUUGUCCAGGAGGCGAAGAAGUUGUCCAAGGUGCUCCAGGGUGGAAUAGAUCUCACAGCCGGAGCACUGGGUGGGGCCGCCGGUGUGUUCGCGGGACAGUCUCUAGACACUGUGAAAGUGAAGCAGCAGGCGUUCCCCGAAAAGUACCCGAGCAUGCUGCGUUGCUUCCUGCAGACGUGGCGUCUCGAUGGCAUCCGGGGAUUGUAUGCGGGAACUGUACCUGCACUCGCAGCAAACAUAGCUGAAAAUUCUGUUCUAUUUCUGUUCUAUGGCUUGUGUCAGCGUGGAGUGGCUGGGGUGGUGGGCAAUAAGGACUACUCGAGACUGACUGAGUUUGAGAAUGCGUGUGCGGGGGGCAGUGCCGCCUUCUUCUCCUCCCUCGCCCUCUGUCCCACCGAACUGAUCAAGUGCAAACUGCAGGCCAUGAGAGAAGUGGGACAGGCCAAAAUUCUUUUACAGAAACCCAUGGAAUUUUCAGGCCCCGUACAGUUAACGAAACAUGUGUUCAAAACAGAGGGUAUCCAGGGAUUCUAUCGGGGCUUUGUUGGAACUUUAGUGAGAGAAAUGCCUGGAUAUUUUGUGUUCUUUUAUGGAUACGAAUUCGCUAGAAACAGACUAACACGUGAAGGCGAAAGAAAAGAAGAUAUUGGACCUUUCAGACUGGCGAUUUGUGGUGGAUUCGCUGGUGUUUGUCUCUGGACUGUUAUUUUCCCAUCUGAUGUGGUCAAGUCCAGAUCUCAACUUGCUGAAGGAGCGACGAUGCCAUUUACGAAGACCCUGAAAGAUAUCUACAAGAAAGAAGGCAUCAGGGCACUAUACAAGGGACUUUUGCCAACCAUUGUGAGAACCAUACCUGCCACUGGAUGCUUUUUCGUCACUUACGAAUAUUCUAGAAAGUGGAUGAUGCAACUGGGAGGAGAAUCAGUGUGAUUGAUUUUAUCCUCAUUUAAUAUGUUCUAUAUUUUCUGCCUCAUAUUACCUCAUUUUUGUGUAAUUAGAUAGAACGUGCAGUUCAAUAUCCUAGAUUUUUACUAUGAUGAUAGCUUGUUUUUUGUUUUGUCUGCGGU